ACGCAGGAUAACAGGCUCUGCAGGAGAGGACGGAGAACACACCGAGGGAACAGCAGAAGAAGAAGAACACACCAUGGAGCUUUACCUCGACCUGCACUCUCAGCCAUGUAGAUCCGUCUUCAUGUUCGCCAGGGCGGCCGGGAUCCCCUUCGAGUUCAAGCUCGUGGACCUGUCUACAGGUCAGCAGUACAGCGAGGAGUUCGGGAAGAUCAGCUUUGUGAGGAAGGUUCCCGUCAUGAAGGACGGAAGCUUUGUUCUGAGCGAGAGCACAGCCAUCCUGAAGUACCUGGUGCAGAAACACUCGUCCACCGUGGCCGAUCACUGGUUUCCGGCCGACCUGCAGCAGCGAGCUCGAGUUAAUGAGUACCUAUCAUGGCAGCACAUGAACCUGAGAGCUCACGGGUCCAAGGUGUUCCUGCUGCGGGUCCUGUUUCCCAUCAUGAUGGACGCGGAGGUCCCCAAGGACAAGAUGGACGCCGCCGUGGAGGAUCUGAACCAGUCGCUCAAAGUCCUGGAGGAGAAAUUCCUGCAGAACAAACCGUUCAUCCUCGGCGACAAAAUCUCUCUGGCUGAUCUGGUGGCGAUAGUCGAGAUCAUGCAGCCCGUCGGCACCGGCCUGGAUGUGUUUGCGAGCCGGCCGAAGCUGACGGCGUGGAGGGAGCGGGUGAAGAAGGAGUUCGGGGAGCAGCUGUUCGACGAGGCUCACGAGCUGAUCAUGAAGGUGGACGCUCUGGCACAAAAGAUGGAGAACAACAGCGAGCUGGAGCAGCUCAAACCCAAGUUUCGCAAAGUUUUCAGCUGAGGAGGCUCGAGUGAAGAUCAACGUCAGAAAUCAUCUCGUCGUGAUGAAGAUCAGAGAUGAGUUUGAGCAGGAAAUAAAAACCUGUUCAACUGUGCAGCUUUAAUGUUUUCAAUCUGAUUCAUGUAAACACUCUUUACACAUGUUAAUGAAACCUCUAACCCUGCAAAAAUACAUCUCAACAAA